GGACAGCUUGCCGAAAACGUGGUGUCCGUAAUUUUUCAUCAUCAGUAUGAAGCCACUCAUGCUGCAUGGCCACGAGAGGGCAAUCACGCAAAUCAAGUAUAAUCGUGAGGGAGACCUGCUGUUCUCCUGUGCCAAGGAUCACUCACCCAAUGUGUACUACUCGCUCAACGGGGAGCGCCUGGGCAACUUUCUUGGCCAUGCCGGUGCCGUCUGGUGCAUUGAUGUCAACUGGGACUCCACAAAGGUAAUCUCAGGUGCUGGUGACAACACUUGCCGCGUGUGGGACUUGGAGAGAGGAGUGAACAUCAACACAAUUGACACAGCAACGGCAGUGAGGACAUGCAUGUUCUCGUUCAGUGGCCGCAUGUUAAUGUACAGCACAGACAAGGCCAUGGGACGUUUCUGCGAGAUACACAUUGUCGACAUGGCUGACCGACGACAGAUGGAGGGCCAAGACUCGGCCAUGGUGAUUCCAGUGAACCAGAGCAAAGUGACCAGUGCCCUGUGGUGGCACUAUGACGACGGCAUCCUGUCUGCCCAUGAGGAUGGCACACUGGCCACCUGGGACAUCAAAUCGGGCAUGCAGCUGAACCAGGUCAAGGGCCACAGUCUGACCAUCAAUGACCUGCAGUAUUCCAAGGACCAGAGCUUCUUCAUCACGGCCUCCAAGGACACCACCUCCAAGCUGUUUGAUGCGGACACUCUUGAGCACCUCAAAACUUACAAGACUGAGCGACCGGUCAACUCUGCUGCCAUCUCUCCCAUCAGAGAGCACGUGGUGCUUGGGGGUGGUCAGGAGGCUAUGGAUGUGACAACAUCAUCCGUCAAGGCUGGAAAGUUCGACGCCCGUUUCUUCCACCUCAUCUUCGAGGAAGAGUUUGGCCGCGUCAAGGAUCACUUCGGUCCUAUCAACAGUGUUGCAUUCCACCCCGAUGGCAAGAGCUACAGCAGUGGUGGUGAAGAUGGUUACGUUCGAGUCCACUACUUUGAUCCAUCUUACUUCGAAUUUCAAGUUGAGGUCUAAAUUGUGCCCAAUAAAAAAAUGUAUCACCUGUG